GUUAUAACUGAAUAUUUUCACCCAACAUAAUGUUUCUAUCUUCUCUUCUUCAUCUCUCUCAUAUAUCAUUUAUCCUCUGUUUUUUCUCCAUCUUCAUCAUUAAUGGCGAUUUCAUCCUUCCUCCAUGAAAAGAAGUAUCCCUUCAUCUUCAUCCUCUCUUUCCUUUUCCUUUCCUUUACUCUCCUCCUCGUCUCCAACUCUCAUUCAUCUUUCUCUCUCUUCUCCUUCCCUCAACCUCUGCUUCAUACCGAGGUUCUCAAACCUUCACAAUCGCCGAAUACCUCAAUUGACGUCACUCAAGAUACACAGAAAAUGUCCAAUGAUGUCACUCCGCAAUCGCUGAAGGUUCACGAUGACAUCACUCAAAAUCCGGUGAAUAUUGCUGAUGGAGGUACUCCAGAACCUUCGAAAAUAUCUGAUGAUGUCACUGAACGUUCGCCGAAGCUUUCUAAAGAUGUAACACAAGAUUUUGCGACAAUUGCUCAAGGCGGUGCUCCAGAACCUCUGAAAAUCUCAGAUGAUGGUGUUCCACCGCCGGAAUUGGCUGUACCGUCUCCACCGAUUAUUACGGCAGGGGUUAUACAAUUUGAUAGGGAUCUGUUGAAUUUGAAAUGGGAGAUUUGUAUGGUGAAGGGAUCGUCGUCGGUGGAUUAUAUACCUUGUCUUGAUAAUUGGACAGCAAUAAAAGCGCUUCAAUCGAGGAAGCAUAUGGAGCAUAGAGAGAGGCAUUGUCCUAUUCCUAACCCUCGGUGUUUGGUUCCAUUGCCGAGAGGUUAUAAGAUUCCUAUCCUUUGGCCUAAGAGUAGGGACAUGAUCUGGUAUAAUAAUGUCCCUUAUCCCAAGCUAGUGGACUACAAGAAAGAGCAGCAUUGGGUAAUCAGAUCAGGUGCUCAUUUUAUUUUUCCUGGAGGUGGAACUCAGUUCAAGGAUGGUGUCGGACAAUACAUUCAAUUUAUUGAGAAGGCUAUACCUGCAAUUAAUUGGGGCCAGAACAUUAGGGUUGUUCUGGAUGUUGGUUGUGGUGUCGCCAGCUUUGGCGGACAUUUGUUGGAUAGAAAUGUUCUCACAAUGUCAUUAGCUCCCAAGGACGAGCAUGAAGCUCAAAUACAAUUUGCUCUCGAACGUGGAAUCCCUGCAUUUCUUUCAGUUAUUGGAACUCAACAGCUUACAUUUCCAGAUAAUGUUUAUGAUCUCGUUCAUUGUGCAAGGUGCAGGGUUCAUUGGGAUGCAAAUGGUGGUAAACCUUUGCUGGAGCUCAACAGGAUUCUCAGGCCGGGAGGAUUCUUCAUCUGGUCUGCUACACCAGUCUACCGCAAGGAGGAGAAGGAAGUGGACAUAUGGAACUCCAUGGUAGCCUUAACAAAAUCAAUGUGCUGGAAAGUAGUGUCUAAAACCAUGGUAUCGAGAGGAGUUGGACUUGUGGUGUAUCAAAAGCCUGUCUCGCCAUCCUGCUACAAAGAACUCAGAAAGAAUGCUCCGCCAAUGUGUGAUGUUGAGAGAAAGAUGUCAUGGUACACACCUCUUCAAAGAUGUCUCUCACAGCUUCCACCUGAAGCCUCAAGUUGGCCUCCUCUUUGGCCCCAAAGGCUUACGACGAAACCUCUAAGCCUCCCUUCCGCGCUACCUGUGGAGCUAAUGUUUCAUAAUGACACUCGUGAUUGGCAUGCUUUGGUAACAAACGUUUAUAUACGUAGCCUUGGAGUUGACUGGUCAAAAGUGCGUAACAUAAUGGACAUGACUGCUGGUCACGGAGGUUUUGCUGCAGCACUUGUUGAUAUGCCGGUGUGGGUGAUGAACGUUGUUCCAGUCCAAGACCCAGAUACACUCCCCAUAAUUUUUGAUCGAGGGUUGAUUGGAGUAUAUCAUGACUGGUGUGAAUCCUUCAACACUUAUCCGAGAACAUAUGAUCUCCUGCAUUCAACUUUCCUCUUCAGCAAUCUCCCAAACAAGUGUGACAUUAUUGAUUUGGCUGUGGAGAUUGACCGUAUUGUUAGACCUGGAGGGUGGAUACUGAUUCAAGAAAACAAAAAGAUGAUCAACAGUUUAGGAGCAAUUUUUCGUUCUCUUCACUGGUCGUUAAAUUUGUACAAUGAUAAGUACCUUGUUGGCCAAAAGAGUUUUUGGCGCCCAGAUGAUGAAAAGGUGCAAAGAUGAACUACACAACGGAAAGAGCAAAUGACGCGAUUCAAAAUAAGUAUAAUUUUUAAUGCAUCUAUAUUACUAUUCUUUUGAUUCCACGGCACAAAAUGAGUGUAUAGGGAUGUUCUUGAAUGUUCUGAUGGCAUUCGUAAUUUAAGAGUGAAAUUGCCGAUUUAUUUGUAAGAUGAGAAAAACAAUGAAAAAGGAAAUUUUGUCUUUCAAGGAAAGACAUUUUCAUGACGUAAUGUUAUUGGGGAUCAUCCGAUCAUCUCUAUUUGAUUCGUAGGUCUUGCCAAAAGAGUUGUACUUAAGAAUCAAGGCUUUGAAUAAGUGUCAAUUUAAUAUCUAAAAUGACAUAUUAAAUAUUGAACAAUUAAAA